AUGGCGUUACCGAUGGCAGAGUAUAGUGCACCAGACGGUGUCAAUAAGAGUUUUGUGCCAAUACCCGACGACCCGAGGUACUUGACCACAGAGGGCAGAACCACAGGCCCCAGUGACCAUGUACUGAACGCUGGACAAAUUGACAGAGACAAGCCCUCAGAACCCAAGAGGGUACAGGGCGGAACACAAAUGACGUACUUGGGUCAGCUGCGUACGCAGCUGACGGGUCUACAGGACGACAUCAAUGAGUUUUUGACUGAAAGGAUGGAACUAGCCAAGAACAAGAAGAAGAAGGCGGACGCAGACGAAAAGCGGAUACAGGAAGAGAUCAACCAGCUGCUGGACGGUGGCGACACCGAGGAGGAAGCCGAUUAG